AAAUCUAAAGAGUAACCGCAAUGAUGUUUUCUCUAUCUUUCGUGGUUUUUUAUUUUCCGUUUUGUGCAAAUUCUCGUAAAAUAUAUAAAAAGGAUAAAAGCGUUAUAAAAAGACGUAGUUUAUUAUGAAUCUUUACUACUUUAAAAAUAAUUCAUCAUCAGUACGAUGUACAAAUUUAAAUACUAAUUUUGAGAUGUAUUAUUUUUAAAUUGAACGAGAAUAUUUCAAUAUUCUCAUUCUCUCUGUUUUAUCUAUAGAGCUAUAGACGACCAAUCCUUCUAAUGUAUUAUAUAAUCGUAUCGCAUCGUACAUAUAGACUCUCAUUGUCAGUAUCGUUUACUCGCUAGAAACGUGCGCUGUAUAACCGACGAAUCGCGCAGUGAAAGUGUGUCAAAUCAAAAUCAUCCUUAUAUCUUUUGAUAUUAGUUCAGGUCUUUAAAUCUUUAAAGAAUAACACAAAUAUUUGUCGAAUCUUUCAUUCGGAACGUAGAAAAACAAAUGAUCAAAAUUUUCCAUUAAUCAUCAUAAAGUAAAACGUACAAAUGGCGAAUGAAGAAAAAAAAAUCAAGAUAUGUGUGAUCGGUGCUGGCGCAGCUGGUUUGUGCGCAGUCAGACAUUUGGCGGAAAAUGCAAAAUUCGAAACAACAAUCUACGAGCAAACGAAUGAAAUAGGAGGUACAUGGGUUUACAAAGAGCAAACCGGUUUUGAUGAGAAUGGCUUAUCGAUUCACUCUAGCAUGUACCAAAAUCUAAGAACAAAUUUACCUGCAAAAAUUAUGAAUUUUCCGGAUUAUAUUACAAUGGAAGCGCAAGAACCUUGCUGCGUGAGUCAUCAGGAGGUUUUAAAAUAUUUGAGAGAUUAUGCCCAACACUUUGAUAUAUGUCGACAUAUUCACUUUAAUACAAGAGUUGAACACGUUCAACUUGAACUAUCCGAAGAUAAUAAUAAAGAAAAGUGGUCUGUGCAAGUGAAAAAAUUAAAGACAAACGAAACAGAACUCCAGUACUUUGAUGCAAUUAUGAUUUGUAACGGACACUAUUUCGAUCCUUAUAUACCGAAUAUACCCGGUAUCGAGAGUUUUCCGGGUUUAAUACUGCACAGUCAUGCAUAUAGAAAGCCGAAUAAAUUUGUCGGAAAAAAAGUAUUAGUAUUAGGUGCAGCUUCAUCUGGUAUUGAUAUAGCAAUCGAGUUAUCCGAUUACGCUGCUUGCGUGUACUUAAGCCACAAUCAUGAUAGAUUAACAAGUCCUUUACCAUCGAAUAUGAUACAAGUAGCUGGUGUGCAAAGUAUACAUGAAACUACAUUCCAUCUCAGAGACGGGACCACUGUGAAUGAUAUUAACAUUCUUAUUUUUUGUACUGGAUAUAAAUACAACUUUCCUUUUUUGGACGAAAAUUGUGGUAUACGAAUUGACAAUAAUUAUGUAAUGCCACUUUACAAACAUCUCAUCAACAUCGAGCAUCCUUCGAUGUGCAUUGUCGGUAUACCUAUGGUCGUUGUGCCAUUCCCCAUGUUUCAUAUGCAGGUAUGAAAAUUUAUUUAUUAUAACUAUCUAAAAUAACACGAUGAGCAAUUUUGGAUAUAUAUCCAAUACAGAACAUUGCAACAAGAUUGCUGCAAUGUGUGUUGUAUACACCAUUUAAGUCGUAAAUUGUGCAAUUAUAAUGCUUGAAUUGAAGAUA